AAUUUAUUUCGCAACAGUUUAUCGAUUUUGAACUAUUUUUUCCAGGUAGUUCGAUAUUGAUUCGUUUGGAAAAUUGGUGACCGAACGCAAUCUUCCAGAUGUCGUUCGAAAUAGGAACUCGGGUAAAAACAAGCUCGGGAAAUGGAAGAGUCGUGUUUUGCGGACAAACGCAAUUCGCAGAAGGUGAUUGGGUUGGAGUGAUUCUUGAUACGGCGACCGGAAAAAACAACGGAACUGUUCAAAAUGUUCAAUAUUUCGAAUGCGAACCGAAUUUUGGGGUUUUCGUGAAAUCGAGCGCUGUUGAGUUGGAGGAUGCAUCAAAGAGAUCAGGACUGAAAGCUCCAGCAGCUUCUGCUAUUCGAAAAGAUUCUAGUGUAAUGAGCAGAUCCGCAGGUUCUAAGGCUUCACCAGGAUCAAGCCCUGGAAUGUCACCUGCUGCUUCGUCCGAAAAAUUGACAGGUCGUCAAACAGGAAUGGGCCCACGCUCAAUGUCGAAGCUGGCAGAUCCCAAUGAGAAAAAGCGGUCUACAACUCCGCAAAAGGCGAGAUCUCCAGCUCCGCCAAUGACGAAAAAGAACUCCGAGUCAACGUCGAGAAUGGUUCGUGAAUUCUCCAACUUAUCGCAAUCUUCUGUCGCUUCGAGUCGUGCUAGUGCAUCAGCUUCUAAACCUAGGCCGCAAUUCACUGCUCCAGAUCCUCGACGGCAAAGUCUUGCACCGCCCAAAAAAGCGUCCACGACUACUGCCCCAGUUUCAAAGCCAUCACUUUCAAAACCACGACAAUCUCUGGCUCCGAGCAAACCAGCUGAAGUGACUCCACAGAAGCCAGUGCCUGCAGCACAAGCAUCAGAAGCAGGGGAUCCACCAAAUGAGCUGCCACUACCUACAAUGACCGAGUCCGGCACAGAGCUUCCAAAAGAAAGUGUUUUGUCUCGAGCGAAGAAGAUUGAUGAUACUGGACCAGCAGCUCCAAUGUCUCCACUUUCUACUACAGCAGCGGCGCGACCAAGAACAACAUCCGUUUCCUCUUCUGCACAAGAAAGUUCCACUGAAAUUGAAUAUCUUCGAAAUCAAGUCAAAGAACUCACAGAAAAGCUUGAAGCGGCGAGAGUUAAACGAAAAGAGGAUCAUACUAAAGUGAUGGAACUUGAUCGUGUUUCGUUUGAAUUGCGUUCAUCGGAAGAAGUUCGAAGUCGUCUGAUUCAAAAAAUUACAGAAUUAGAGAAACAGAUUGGAGACGAGAGAAUCGCGAAAGAACAAUUACAAGCAUGGCAAGACGAGAAUAAAGUUCUUCUCAGUGAUCAUCAAGAUACUAUGGAAAUGGCUACAAUUGAGAAAGAACUUGCUGAAGAGAGAGCUGAUUCAUUGCAGAAUGAUGUUCUGACACUUACUGAAAAACUGGAAAGCAUGGAAACUGAAUUAGAAAUCCUGAAAGAAGAAAUGGCAAAUGGAGGUGGUGCAGCACAAGUCGGAAAUAGUGUUCAAAUGAAGCAAAUCGAGAUUCAAAAUGAUAAGCUUAAAGAUGCACUUAUAAAACUUCGAGAUUUGAAUGCACAAGCUACAUUAGAUAGGCAAAAGGCUGUUGACGAGGCGGAAAGAUUGAAGACUGAAAACUCGGAGCUUAUUCGAGUGGCAGAAAAUUUGAAACGACAAACGGAAAUUGCGGAAUCGAAAAUCGCUGGCUUCCAAGAACAGAUUGAUGCUGCAAUGGGAGCUGAAGCAAUGGUCACUCAAUUGACCGACAAGAAUUUCAAUAUGGAAGAAAGAAUUAUGCAACUGGAAGAAACGAUAGAAGAUAUGGAGGAAGCGAGAGAUUUAGAUGAGCAGUUGGCUGAAGUACAAAAACAACAAGUAAAGGAUCUUAUGAAGGAAAUUGAACAAUUGAAAAUACAUAUUCACGAAUUAAAUGGCCGUAUACGCGACGAGCAGAAGCACGCGGUUGAUUUAUCGCAGACGAUUUUGAAAUUUAGAGAACGAAUGGCUAAUUUGAAUUCUCAAAUUCAAGAUCAAAAAGAUCAAGUGUUGAGCCUCGAAGAACAACUACAUGGACAUAUUUCUGUAGAUAAUGAUCGUGCUUCAAUGGUGAACCAACUGCAAAUUUCGGCGAAUCGUAACUUUGCUGAAGAUGUGGAAAGACAGGUCAACGCUAUUGAAGUAGAAUUUGCACGUCGUCAGGCUGGAUAUUUGAAGGCAUUCCUUCCCGAUAAUUUUUCACGAGUUGGAGGGGAAAAUGAUUCGAUUCUUCUAGUUGUCAUGCUUCCACGUCUUGCUGCGAAGACUAAACUAUUUGCUAGCCUAGCUGCUCAAUGUUUUCCACAAGUACCUGGAGGAAUGCGUCGGGAACAUGUGACAAAGUCUCACAAAGGAGAACAAUGGGCUCAUGUGGCUCGUGUCAACUAUCUUGCCAAUUCUAUAAAUGCAGCACUGGGAAAAUUGGAAAGUGCAAUUGGAGAAACAACAGUGGAAGUACUUAUAAAAUUGACUGAAACUUAUGGAGAAAUGUCAACUCAUGAGAAAACUGUCGAUCAAUAUUUGGAACUUCUUAAAAAGUCCAGAUUCGACGAGAAUACCUCAUUGGACAGUUUUGUUCGGCCGCUCGUGUAUUUCCAAAAUAUGUUCUCCCUUCACAUCGGAGGAGAUGGAUUCAACGCUGCUCACUGGGUUUCAGAGAUUUGUGCAUCACUUUCGGCAGGUCUGGCGUAUUGCCGCGUCAAUACCCAACGGAUUUCCUACUUCUUGCAGGAGUCAAUAACCGCUGGAGAGGUAUACAACAUGCUUCAAACAUUAAAUGAUGAAUUUGCUGCCUGUGAAUCCGUGAUUUUGAAAGCUUAUCGCCUUCUUCCAGGAAAUGUCUCAGGCUCAGAGCAGAAGAUUCUCAAAUUGGAAUCUGAAUUUACUGAAGAUCUUUUGAAUUCAGUCGUCCAACUCGACAAAAUGGUAUCCAUUCUUCAAGAAGUAUGUGCCAACGGUGCACUCAGUUUCGGUGGAAUAUCAGAAACGGAAGGAUUCGAUGAGAAAAGAGUUAAAGAAAUGAUUAAUGCAGUACUUGGCAAGCAGGAUGGGUAUAUUGCAAUCGAUAAAACAUUUGACCCAAUUCGUGCAUUAAUAAAAUCCUUACGCGAUAGUCUUGAAAAGGUGAAUUCAACAUUGGAAUCUGCAAAAAUGGAGCAUUCUGCUCCAGAGAAGAAAUCAUUCCCACCACUACUCGAUCGUGCUCAUCAUCGAAAACAAGCUGCACAAGAGGCAGAAGGCCUUCGAUGGCAAAUGGAAAAGAAAGACAAUGAGAUGUUAGAGUUACGAAAACAGAUGAAAGCAAGAAUUGAAGAUGUUUCAAACUACAAAUUGAGACUCGAUAUGGCUGAAUCUCGAUUGAAUUCCACUGAUAAAGCAGAAGGUGAUAAGGUCAAACAUCUCGAGGAAAAGAUUAAUCAAAUGGUGGCUGAUCACAGAAGGAAGCAGAUAGAAUACGACGAAUCAAUGGAUGCUCUUCAACGAGAAAUGAAAGAGGUCGAAAGUGAUAAUCUCGAGCUAAAACAACGUGCAAACAAGAUUAGUAAAGAAGCACUGUGGAAAAAUAUUCAAUCGAUGGAGACUCGUUCAUCAGGAUCUCCAUCCGUGCCUAUGUCUACAUCUAUUGAUGAAGGAGGUGCCAGUCGUGGAGAAGUUGUAUUCCUUGAGAAUCAGCUCAACAAGCAAACCAAUGCAAGGAAGAGAGCCGAGUUGGAAGUUCGUAAAUUGAAGGGAGAACUUGCUCAAGCGGGCUCGAAACGAUUCUCGGCUGUUCCUGGACUUAUUUCGGGACCGAUAACUUUGGAAUCUCAAACAAGACAGGACUUACUCCUCAAGCUCAUUGAUAAUCUUCACGAUGAAUCUCUUCGUUUGCGUCGUGAAGAAGUUAAUCAUCAAGCGUAUGUCCCAUCGAAUCCAAAAAUAUCAACAGAGAAGAUGGUUGAGGAAAUGGAGAUUUUUAAUGUUAAACGGGAACAAUUCUUUGAUAAACUCAACUCGGUGAAUCGCCGUCUUCGUCGUGUAUGGUUUGAUGCGUGGGGAGAAGAGUAUCCAUUCGAAAUCGCGGCCAAAUCUCGACCAAUAGUAGCAGUACCUGAACCGAAGAAGUUCGAAGAAAUCAGUGCCAAGUGGGGAAUCGUGUGGUAGACUGCCGAAAUUCAUAUUAAAUCAUGACGUAACUUCUAUUAGUAUCAUAAUUCUCGUUUUGCUUCGCUACGCGACGGGUUCGCUUGUAACUUUCUCAAAUAUCAUUUUUCACCAUUAAAUUAUUUAUGCUGUAAAUAAGGAUUUAUCUUUAUUAUUAUUCUUGCACUGUUUUGAGGUGCGUUUAUAAAUUAUUUAGAUACAAAU